AAGCAGCGGCGGCCGGGGCGGAGCGGGAUCGAGCCCUCGCCGCGGCCUGCCGCCAUGGGCCCGCGCCGCCGCCGCCGCCUGCUUCCCGGGCCACGCGGGCCGUGAGCGCCAUGGCCGUAGCCCCCGCGGGCGGCCAGCACGCGCCGGCGCUGGAGGCCCUGCUCGGGGCGGGCGCGCUGCGGCUGCUCGACUCCUCGCAGAUCGUCAUCAUCUCCACCGCGCCCGAUGUCGGCGCCCCGCAGGUCCCCGCCGGCCCGGCCGCGCCGCCCGCCGGCCCCCGCGAUCCUGACGUGCUGCUCUUCGCCACGCCGCAGGCGCCCCGACCCGCGCCUAGUGCACCGCGCCCGGCCCUCGGCCGCCCGCCGGUAAAACGGAGGCUGGAUCUGGAAACCGACCAUCAGUAUCUGGCUGGUAGCAGCGGGCCAUUCCGGGGCAGAGGCCGCCACCCAGGGAAAGGUGUGAAAUCUCCGGGGGAGAAGUCACGCUAUGAGACAUCACUAAAUCUGACCACCAAACGCUUCUUGGAGCUGCUGAGCCGCUCAGCUGACGGCGUGGUUGACCUGAACUGGGCCGCUGAGGUGCUGAAGGUGCAGAAGCGGCGCAUCUAUGACAUCACCAAUGUCCUCGAGGGCAUCCAGCUCAUUGCCAAGAAGUCCAAGAAUCAUAUCCAGUGGCUAGGCAGCCACACCAUGGUGGGAAUCAGUAAGCGGCUUGAAAGCCUGACCCAGGACCUACAGCAACUGCAGGAGAGCGAGCAGCAGCUGGACCACCUGAUGCACAUCUGCACCACCCAGCUGCAACUGCUCUCCGAGGACUCAGACAGCCAGCGCCUGGCCUAUGUGACCUGCCAGGACCUUCGAAGCAUCGCAGACCCUGCAGAACAGAUGGUCAUAGUGAUCAAGGCCCCUCCCGAGACCCAACUACAAGCUGUGGGUUCUGCGGAGACAUUUCAGAUCUCCCUUAAGAGCAAACAAGGCCCCAUCGAUGUUUUCCUGUGCCCUGAGGAGAGUACAGCAGGGCUCAGCCCCGGGAGGACCCCAUGCCAGGAGACAUCUGGGGAGGACAGGACCGCUGACAUUGGCACUGCAGGGCCUCCACCAUCACCUCCCUCGACAUCCCCAGCCUUGGAUCCCAGCCAGUCCCUGCUAGGCCUGGAGCAAGAACCAGUAUUGUCACGGAUGGGCAAUCUGAGGGCCCCCACAGAAGAUGACCGUUUGUCACCCCUGGUGGCUGCUGACUCACUCCUAGAACAUGUCCGAGAAGACUUCUCUGGGCUCCUCCCUGGGGAGUUCAUCAGCCUUUCCCCCCCCCACGAGGCCGUUGACUACCACUUUGGUCUCGAGGAGGGUGAGGGCAUCAGAGAUCUCUUUGACUGUGACUUUGGGGACCUGACACCUCUGGAUUUCUGACAGAAGCCUAGGGAGCCAGGGUGUCUGGUGAUGCCCACCCUGUCUGCAGCUUUGGAGCCUCCUGCCCCGGGCCACCUUUCCUGCCUCAUUGGAAAAGCAUGAUUCAUACCCUCUUCUCUGUCCAGUAGCUUCUGGCUCUGCCACACUGAGCAGACCGAAAGGGGAAGGAUUUUGUAUGGUGUGUGUGCAUGCACCCCAAGCUGCACACCGUGUGCCUGGGGUGAGAGAGAGUGUGUGUGUGUGUGUGUGUGUGUGUGUGUGUGUGUGUGUGUGAGCGUGUGUGCAUGUGUGUGUGCGCGCGUGCCUGCCGGGGAAUGAAGGUGAACACAUCUGUAUGUGUGCUGCAGAUACAUCCUGGUGUGUCCACGUGUGUGUGCGAAUCCACGUGUGUGCAUUGGGGUGGGGACGGCGCUCUAACUGCACUUUUGGUGUCCUUGCUGCAGGGGCCCUGUUAGGCCCCAGGUGGCUGCCUGCUCCCCGAACCCUGCCUCAGCCCAGCCAGGUGAGGCGGUUUGGCUGGCUGGGUUUGCAGGGCAGCAAGAGCACUGCUUAAAGGUUUUCCGAUCGAAGCUUUAAUGGAGCGUUAAUUUAUUUAUCAAGGCCUCUCUGGCAAGCCUGGGGAGUGAGCAAAGGGUGGGAGGAUUGUGGGGUUGACACCCCAACUUCCUGUACUCUGCAGCAAGGGCAGGGUCCCCUAACUUCUUUUGCCCUACCCCAAAGGAGCUGAGGCCCAAGGAGUUUAUUUAUUGGGAAAGGGGGGGAGGGAGUCACUGACAUCCAUGGAUGGGUUGGGAAAAUGGUCCCUCUUUAGAAGGUUGUGCUAGCGCUUUGGCUGCAUCCAUGUGGGUUUGAGAUGGGAAGCAUGAGGGCCUUCACUGACAGGGUGGACAGGAUGGGUGGGCCUGGGGUCCCUCCUGUGGUUGGAGUGCUCUGUUAUCCCUGCCCACCCUCCAAUCAGCACUUUUGAUUUGUUUCCUAACAGUUCUGUUCCUUCCUGCUUUGGUUUUAAUAAAUAUUUUAAUGGUGUUA